CUGCGGCUGCUGCUGGUGAUGAUGAUGAUGAUGAUCAUACUGGUGCUGGUGAUGUGGAUGGUGAUGUGGACGAUGGGUUUCUGCAUUAUGAUCCAGAUCCCAACGCCACCACUGUCGCAAUCUCCUUAUGGCAAAGGAGACGAGCGAACACAGGAGCCGGGGUUUCCCGUGCCCAAGACGUGAAACUGCUUGGACACAAGAACGAGUCCCUUCCAAUGGUGACUGUGAAAAUGAACCAGAUUCUUGAAACCUGGGCCAAAAAGGUUGCACACAAGCUCCAAUCUGUUGCACAUAUCAAAUGCCGCUAUCCUCUUCCCUUGGAGUAUGCUGGGGACAUCACUCCGCCAAUCAUCCAAGUGCUCAGCUAUUACCUCACCGUUCAGGAUGUUCUGGAAGCUCUGGAACAGCGGAUCUUUCCAGGCAUGACAUUGGCAAAUAUCCUAGAACAGCAAGAUAUGACUGUUUACUUUGACAACGAAUCCCUAGCACUUGCCAGAAGCCACGUGGCAACAGGACGGGGCGGUGCAGCCGCAACUGGCUUCUACGAGCCUGACGUUGCACAAAACUACUUCGAUUAA